UUCUCUUCACAGCUCAUCAUACUUGCCCCAGUACAUAGCACCAGUUGUCUCUCCUCUCUCUGUCAAUUUUCUACCUCUGGGAGUACUGGUCUUUCUGUUCUUCCUUUGAUUUUCUCAUAAUUAAUAUUGGUAUUGUCUCAUACUCUUCCAUCACCUCUCAAAACCCUAAACCUAAUCAUCUUAAUUUCCCAUGGCUGAACUUGAAUAUUGUCUUUUAAACUAUCCUCAACUUUCAGCUCCUUCUUCUGUAAAUAUCAAGAUCUAGCUGUAAACCCUAAAGCAUAAAUCUUGGUUUAUUUGCUUGCAACUUUCUCACUUGACUAUUUCUUAAUUACUAACUUUUUUCUCUCUAUCAAACUUUUCCUAUGAAGAAUAAUCCAUUAAAGGAGGAAAAGGGGAGAGGCAUAAUCAAAUGACAUAAAUAACAAAGAGGGUAGCAGUAGUACUGUAGAGAUCCAGAAAGAACGAAUAAAGGGUCUCUCGUACUGCUUGCUUAUAAGCUUCUGCAACUUGAUCAUCCACCUCAUGGACGACACCUUCCUCCUCGAUGAACUGACUCGUCGCCAUUUUUUCCGGACGCUUAUGAAUUCCUUUGGCUGUACUUACUUCUGCUUAUGGUCAUACGUUCCCCGGACGAACUGUUUGAUCCCCUUGGAUGGAUAUUUCAAUGAAGAAAAUGAGCAGGCCAGUACUUCUUCUGGGAGUUUAGCUCGGAAUCUUUUCAGUGAAUAUCGGCAAUCCAUAAUCAAUCUUGAGAACGACCAUGUACCAGGGCUGGCUUUCAGGAACAAUCAUCCGUUCAUUGAGCUGAGAGGAGCGGAAAUAAAAAGACGGGCACAAAGUGGGACGCAGCGGCAAUUUUACCAGGAAGCGAGGAUUCAGACAGCAAUUUUCAUGGGGUGCAAGAAUGGGGAGAUUGAGUUAGGCAUAUCAAACAUUAUACAAAUUAACAUGGAAAUGGGAAUGAGAGAAUUAUUCCCAGAUGACUUUUUGCGGCAAUUUCCACUGGGAGAGUUUCCUCAUCCAACAAGUCAGGAACAGAAGUCAUCUUCUUCUUCAACCUUGAGAUCACUGGAUAGUCCAUCAGAGUACUCUCCAUUUACCUUCAACAUCCAAAGACCAUCACUUGAUAUUCCUCCAUUGCAGGCAUUAACAACAACAACCAUGGAAACGCUGUCUCGAAUCCCAAACAUUCACUUACCAAACCGAGAGAAUGAAGAAGAUGCCAUAACAAGAGCUAUUCUAGCCGUCUUAACCUCUCCUUGUUCUUCUACUUCUUCCUCAACGCAACAGAACCAGAAUUUGCCUUACCAUAAACAUGGAUUAUUAAACCGCAAAACCGGUGCUUUCAAGAGAUAUAAUACAUCCCCAAAAUCUCAAAUGAUUGGUGCCAGUUCACGUAGACCAAGCAUGAUUAAACGAGCAAUCUCUUAUUAUCAAAGGUUAAAUAUUUUGGCACGUGAACAUAUUCUAGCAAACCGACCCACUACAACUCAGCUUCACCAUAUGAUAUCAGAGAGGAAAAGAAGAGAGAAGCUCAAUGAAAGCUUUCAGGCAUUAAGAUCGCUUCUUCUACAGGAACCAAGGUAUAAGAAAGACAAAGCAUCGGUGCUUAGCAGCACGAGGGAGCAUAUAACGAGUUUAAAAGGUGAAAUAGCGGAGCUUAUGAAGAAAAACCAGGAAUUAGAGGCACAGCUAUUGCAUGGGAAAGAAAGUAAAGGUGACCAUGAAGAUGAUAUUGAAGGAAAUGUAAGUGAAAGGGUUAAUGUUAGAGUGGUAAAUGCUUCUGAAUCAACUUCACAAGAUAGGGUUAUGGAGUUGAGAGUGAUUGUGAGAGGAGAAUGUGGUAUUGAUGAAGUGGUGAUAAGCUUAUUGGAAUUCUUGAAGCAACUUAACAAUGUGAGCUUAAUUUCCAUGGAAGCCAGAACCUUGGUUGCAGAACAAACUUCUUUUGCCCAUGCCAACUUCACCCUCAAAAUUGAGGGUGAAUGGGACGAGGCUGUCUUCCAGGAAGCAGUGAGAAGAGUUGUUGCUGAUCUCCCACACUAAUCUUAACAUUUCUUUAAACAUGUAUGACAUUUCUUAAACAUAAUAUAUUAUUAUUAUUAU